AUGGCCGAGGGCAAGGCUGGAGGUGCUGCUGGCCUCUUUGCCAAGCAGGUGCAGAAGAAGUUCAGCAGGGCCCAGGAGAAGGUACUGCAGAAGUUGGGGAAAACGGUAGAAACCAAAGAUGAACGGUUUGAACAAAGUGCCAGCAACUUCUAUCAGCAGCAGGCAGAAGGUCACAAGCUAUACAAGGAUCUGAAGAACUUCCUUAGUGCAGUUAAAGUGAUGCAUGAAAGUUCAAAGAGAGUGUCAGAAACCCUACAAGAGAUCUACAGCAGCGAGUGGGAUGGGCAGGAGGAACUGAAGGCCAUCAUAGGGAAUAACGAUCUCCUUUGGGAAGACUAUGAAGAGAAACUGGCUGACCAAGCUGUGAGGACCAUGGAAAACUAUGUAGCCCAGUUCAGUGAGAUUAAGGAGAGAAUUGCCAAGCGAGGUCGGAAACUCGUGGACUAUGACAGUGCCCGACACCACCUAGAGGCUGUGCAGAAUGCCAAGAAGAAAGAUGAAGCCAAGACCGCGAAGGCAGAGGAAGAGUUCAAUAAAGCCCAGAUAGUGUUUGAAGAGCUGAACCAGGAGCUAUUGGAAGAGCUGCCGGUUCUCUUCAACAGUCGUAUUGGCUGUUAUGUGACCAUCUUCCAAAACAUUUCCAACCUGAGGGAUGUUUUCUACAGAGAAAUGAGCAAGCUGAACCACAACCUGUAUGAGGUAAUGAGCAAACUGGAGAAGCAGCAUUCCACCAAAGUCUUUGUGGUGAAGGGACUGUCGAGCAACAACAGACGUUCUUUAGUCAUCUCUCCCCCAGUUCGAACAUCUGCAGCCCCUGGUUCUCUCACCUCGCCCACCAGUCCUUCUGCAUUUUCCUUGAAGAAUGACAGGGAAUCCACCUCAACAGCUGAAGAAGAGCUGGCACAUGAUCCAGCCCAGGGAGAAGACACCUUAAAAGAUGAAGGAAUAGAGGCAGAAGGGGCUGAAGCCAGCUCCUCUGAGGAAGAGGAACCCCUGCCAGCUUGCAAUGGCCCGACCCAAACCCAGCCCUCUCCAACCACCGAGGGUGAUGAGUCGCAGGAGGAAGUAUUCUCUAGCUCCCCAGGGCCUCCAUCACCAAGCCAAGCCAAGACCCCUUCAGAACAGCCUUUAUCAUCUCCUCCAGAAGCAGUUCUCCAAACCCACGCCGUAGGUGAAGAAACUGAACAGUCAAAGAAGAGAGCCUCUCUCUCCAGAAACUCCACACCCCCUAGUAGGCCUCCUCCACCAAGAGCCUCUACUGGCCACAGGCUUUCCUCAGGGACCAUGCCUUCCAGCCCUCCAGCCUCUGAAGAUGGUUCACCCACUACCCCUAAGGCCUGCCUGGAGGCUGAGACUCCAAGUCCUGGAGCAUCCAUACAGCCAUCUCCUGACCCAGAGCCACCAAAGAAGCCAGAAAGAACUCCUGAGAACAGAGAAGAGGAACCCACUCGUGAUCUGAACCCAAAAGAACUUUGCACUUCUCCUGCUCUAAUGAUCUCUCAGGAUUUUUUGGAGCCUAGUGAGCCAGUGAAGAUGGAAGACAAGGAAGAGAACAAUGAGCUUAUCCCAGCUGACUCCCCAGAGACCCAGGACGUUCAGCUUCAAGUCUCUGAGGUUGCAGGAGAGAGCAGCAUCCCAGCACCUGAGCCUCAAGAAGAGGUAUCUACAAGUCAGGACGAACAACUCUGA